CGACGGGUUUUGUUGACUUCCUGGUUGCUACAUUUCUAUCAGUAGCCUGUGAGUUAAGAAGAUACUUUGCUUUUGAGGUUGAGUAUAAGUUAUCUCUUUCAAUAGCGAUAUUCCAAAAUCAUGACUAAUUUAAAUGAUAGUACCGCUAUCUCUUAAUCCAACCUGAAAUUCCAAAUGUCCAUAACCUGUCAAUCAAAGUAUUGAUUAGUUGAACCGGAUUAGUUAGCGACUUUAGCCUGUUAAGGAGAAUUACAACAGCCAUGAUGGCGACGGGCUACAACACAAAGGACGAAGACGGUCACCCUGCUGGGACCUCGAGUCCAGUUGGAGCGGGUAAUGACAGAAGCAGGAAGCCUGACAAUACUGCCUUCAAGCAGCAACGAUUACCAGCGUGGCAGCCCAUACUCACGGCGGGCACUGUGUUUCCAGCUUUUUUCGCUAUUGGUGUAUUCUUCAUUCCCAUCGGAAUCGGCCUCUACGUGACAUCAAACAACAUAAAAGAGUUCGAGAUUGAUUACACCGGAGUUGACGCAUCAAAUCCAUGCUUCAACUGUUCUCAGAGUUAUAGCUGGAACAGUACAAAACCGUGUACGUGUUCUGUGUCCUUCGUACUUGAUCAGGCUUUUGAGGGCAGUGUUUUCAUGUACUAUGGGCUGUCCAACUUCUAUCAGAAUCACAGACGUUAUGUUAAGUCCAGGGAUGACAGGCAGUUGAACGGCGACACACGAGCGUUGACGGAACCCAGCAAGGAUUGUGAGCCGUACCGUACUGAUGUCAAGCCCAUUGCCCCCUGUGGAGCUAUUGCCAACAGCCUAUUUAAUGACUCUUUGGAGUUAGAUUAUGUCUCUCUCAAUGGUACACCAAUUUCAAUUCCUCUGUUGAAGAAGGACAUUGCCUGGUCGACCGACAAACACGUUAAGUUCAGGAAUCCCGGGGGGAACAACUCCAAUCUCAUCGCUGCAUUCAAAGAUACAACAAAGCCAAUAAACUGGGCCAAGCCUGUGUUCGAGCUGGACACAGACCCGGACAACAACGGCUUCAUCAACGAAGACUUCAUUGUGUGGAUGCGCACCGCGGCCCUGCCCACCUUCCGCAAGCUGUACCGCAUCAUCGAGAAGAAGACCGAGGCUCCGACCUUGCUCAAAGGCAGCUACACUCUGCGCGUGACCUACAACUACCCCGUGCUUACUUUCGACGGACGCAAGCGCGUGAUCCUCAGCACCAUCUCCUGGAUGGGAGGCAAGAACCCCUUCCUGGGCAUCGCCUACAUCACCGUUGGCUCGAUCUGCUUCUUCCUGGGCAUAGUCCUCUUAGUCAUCCGCCACAAGUAUGGAGUCCGCAGCAGCAGUGCCGACAUCCCCAGCUGAGCGGCCUGCUGCUGCAGGUGCCUGAUGCCUGAAGCCCGGAAUGAACCACAAAUUGAAUGUAGAAGAAACGUCUUUCCUGUAUACGCUUAAAGCCACGGUUGCCAAACCUCUGCUCGUUGCCCCCCUGCCGGAUCCAGGUAUUUAGUGCGUUCCAUCUCAAGCACACCUGAUAGAACUAAUCAAGCCCUUGCUUGGUUGCAUCAGGUGUGCCUGAGAUGGAACGCAUCAAAUGCCUGUAUCUGGGUGGGGGUACCUGAGGAGUGGUUUGGGAACCACUGGUCUAAAAUGUAAACCCGUUGAGUCGUGAGAUGGAGUUUCGUAGAGAAUUCUGCCAUGCAGUUUUAAGAAGAGGCUGUGGUGCGAAACAUCUGAUCCUCCCAGGCCUUCAUAAAAAAACUUUUUUUUUUUCCAUCAGAAUCACUAAAUUUGAUUGAAUUAAGGUUAAUAAACAUUUUUUGUUUUUUUAGUAAUCCAUGAAAUCUCAUUAAAUGAAUAACAGUGUUUAGAAAGGUAAAGAUAUUUGGUGCUAUAUGCUGAAUUGUGAGUGAUUUGCUACUGAACGGGGGGGAGGGGGGGGGGGCAGCAGCAGCUCAAUUGAUGUUGAUAUUUCAAAUCCCUGUGGAAAGAUUCAAACUGUUAGGUAUGUUUCCUGCUACCCUGCUCAAGCAGACUUGGAGGAAAAUAACAUUCAAGCCAUAUGACUACAUACAUUCAGUUCUAUGCCGCAGUGUCACAUCUUCAAGCUUAUGCAAAUGAAAAGCCAAUUAAACUAUUUUUACAGGUUAUAUUAGUGUUUGAUUUUGAUGCAAUUGGGUAUGUUUUGCAAUACUUUGAAAUCAGUCUUUUACAAAUGUUAAAAUAUUUAGUUUGAAAAUUUACUGCUGUGAAGAAAGUAUUUUAGAAUAAAUAUCCAGUGGUGGUAUUAUAUUCACAAUAUUGAUUACCAAAUAUUUUGCACUUUUCCUUUACUAUGGAUUUGUUACACAAGGUCGUCCUUUAGUCUGGUCUCCUUUUUGGUUUUAUAUAUUUUGUACUGUAAAUUUUACACCAGUGUACUUUUUAUUGCUAGAAAAAUAAAACAGUAUAUUAACUUGUGA